AUUAUAAGUUUAUAUAAAUUUGUUUAAAAAAAAAAGUUUAUAUAAACACUCAACAGCCUUCAUAUAAAGUUGUCGUUAUCCAUUAACAACUCUAAUAAUAGCCAAUUCUUAAUUUCUUAUGAAUCAAUUGUGACCAAUAUUGUUGGCCAUUAAAAUAAAGAAAACUUCAUCAAGGACCAAUUACUUGUGUUAGUACACAAUUAAUCAAAAUAUAUAAACACGUUGAAAAAAACAUUCCCUUUGAAAAUCAAAAAAUAUAUUUAAUAAAAAGGAAAAAAAAAACUCAAUCUCAUGUCAAGUUUAAAAUGACACAAUUCACAUUUAAAUCAACACUUUUUAUUGAAGUAAAAUAAUAAUCACCUAACUAUAAGUUUGAAAACUCAAAUUUUAUCCACCACUUCAUAAGAGCCUUUGACGGAUCCUAAAUUCUCCGCAAUUAGGGAGUACCAUAACAUAACUCCAAUUAAAAUUGGAACAUAUUUUGAAAACCUUCCAACUUACCAAAAAUGUAAAGCUAAACAUAAUGUUGCAUGGUACACUUUACUAGUCAUUCCCACCAACUAACCAAACCACCCAAAAUUCCUAAAUUCCAAAAUUCCUAAAUCAUUUAUUCUUCCUCCUUUUUCUUAACCGCUCCACUUCUCUCUCCUUCACUCUCCCUCUUUCUCUCUCUAAAACUCCCUCUUUCUUUCACUCUCUAGAAUAUGGUGAGAGUAAAACAACCACAAAAACAAGAAUUACCAAACAAUAAUUAUGAUGUUAAAUCUCAUUUAGCCAUUGAUACCUGUAAUAUUUACCAUAAUUCUCAUUUUUCUUGUAUUCAUAUUAAUAAUAAUAAUCAUUCUUUUGAUAAUUCCUCUAUUCAAUCUCAUUUUAUUGAUUGGUACUUGAUUCUCAGAGUUACAGAAGAUUCAAGCUUUUCUACCAUUAAAAAGCAAUACCAUAAUCUUGCAUUGUUGCUUCAUCCAGAUAAGAAUAAACAUCCAAAGGCAGAGUUUGCUUUCAAGCUUAUUUCUCAGGCAUACAAUUGUCUAUCUGAUGAAGCAAAAAGAAUAUCAUUCAACUUAGAAAGGUUGAGAAACCAUUGCACUCAAUGCAGCAGAAUCCCACACAACACAAAUCCUACACACAAUUCCAAUACUAGCUCAAGCAACUCUUCAAACUCAACAAAAAACUCGAAAUUUUACAAAUUACAGCAGCAUUGCAGAGCCAUCAGAGAUCAACUAAUACAUGAAGCCAAGGUCAUAGAAAGCUGCAUCAGAGUCCAUCAACGUCCAAAAAACGAGUACCCGGUUUUCGAUCCAUCAAGUUACACACACUCAGGCUACCCACAUAUGAGAAACAACCAUCAUCAUAAUAAUCUGUUUUACAAGAAAGGUGCAAGUUUUAGGGAUGUACCAAAUCGGAAAGUGUUUCCGAAUUUUGAUCAAAGAAAAGGCAGGUGUGAAAUCCCCAUUUUUGAGCUUAGAACAGAUUGUAGCUCAUUGAACAUUAAUUCUGCUUGUGUUAGUUCUUGACAAACAAUUUAGUAUGAUUAUACAUUCUUUA